AUGAGGUUGCAAAAUUCCCCACCAUUUGCUUCUAUUGAAGAAAUAAGAGAAUUUUCAUAUUGGAUACUUCAAGUGGGGGAUGGAACAACUAAAACAAUCGAUGAUGAAGAGUCAAUAAUUGAGAUACCUACAUAUUUGUUGAUCGGUCUAUGUUAUAAUCCUUUGCUUGAAUUAGUAAAUUUUGCAUAUCCAAACUUUGUCUCUAAUAUGAAAAACUAUUCCUUCUUCGAAGAAAGGGCAAUUCUUGCAUCUGCACUUGAGAGCGUUGAACAUGUCAAUAAUUUCAUGCUCUCCAUGAUCCCUGGGGAUGAGACCGAAUACUUGAGUUAUGAUACCGUGUGUAGGUCAGAUGAAGAUUUAAAGAUUGAUUCAUCUUGGUUCACAUCAGAGUUUUUGAAUGAUGUAAAAUGCUAUGGAAUUUCAAACCGCAGACUAAUAUUGAAAGUUGGUGUCCUUAUAAUGCUUUUUCGGAAUAUAGAUCAAACAGCUGGCUUGUGUAAUUAG